AUGGAGCGCGAAUCGAAGCGCAAAGCCGCACCGCCUGCGACGCCCGAAACCGAGGGUCGCGCAUCCAAAAGACAGAAGCUGCCGGACGACGACAAUGGCGAGAAGGAGACGCCAGAGACGACUUUCGUCAAGGGAAUGAAGUUCCUCGAGACCAUGAAGGCGGCGAAGGAUAAGACCGGCCGCCCCAUUGCGACCAGCUUUCUCGAUCUCCCCGACAAGAGUUCCAUUCCCGAGUACUACGAAGAGAUUAAGCUCCCCAUCGCCUUCAGCACCAUCGAGGCCAAGCUGCAAUCCAGAGGGUAUCCCACUCUUGCCGCCGUCGAAAGCGACGUCAAGCGCAUGGUCAACAAUGCAAAGCAGUUCAACGACAAGAAUUCGGCCAUAUACGCCGAUGCCGAGCGCGUGCGCAAGACAGCCUCCAACUUCAUGACCAAGAACAACCCGGCCUACAGGACUCCAGGAUACUCGGCCAUUGCCACGCCCAUCCCCGGGGAAGAAGCAAAUGGCAUUCCCAGCAGCGUCACUCGCCAACUCAGUGAGCGCCCGAAGCGUAAUGCUGUAGUUGCUCAGAUUGCAGCCCAGAGUACGCAGCCUACUCCGUCAAGGACGCGCAAGUCGGACAGACACUCGACGCCACGCCAAGAAAAGACCCCUGGCGAGGAGACGGACUUUCGAGGCAAGACAUUCCAAGAGGCUCAGGAAGCGCUUAUCCAGGAAUUCAUCCACUACGUUGACCCGGAAGAAGGCCUUCAAAUAUAUCAACCGUUCGUCAACCUUCCCAACCGCAGUCUGAAGGAGUAUUACUCUACGAUUACCACGCCCAUGUCCCUCAAUCAUGUCAUGAAAAGGGUCCGGGGCUGGAUCAACCGCGAACACGGCUUCAGUGGAACGAGCGACUUCAAGAACUGGCAGCAGCUUGAGGAGUGCGCCAGUCUUAUCUGGACGAAUGCUCAGCGGUUCAAUGAGGAUGGCAGUGAGAUGUACAAUCUGGCCAGCGAGUUCGAGGAACAUUUCAGGAAACGACUAGCGGACGCAAUGGAGAAAGUGCCGGCGCCGAAACAGACGAUUAAGCUUACCAUGGGCUCGCAACAACAGCAACAGUCUCAGCAACAGAAAACGCCCGCCCUCAAGCUCCGUCUGGGCGCAAACAAGAACAGUCCUGCACCAAACACUUCGACGCCGGGAACACCUGGUGGACGUAGUUCAAGCACACCGGGCGUCAUUGUCGACAGCGAUGCGUUAGAACGACAGCAAAAACAUGUGCAGGCGGGAAUAAACGGGGGUCCGCCAUCAUCCGGAGGCCCUGGAAUUGGAACCGCACGCAGCGGAUCGGCCGCUUCACCUGCCCCUAACGGGGUGAAGAGCGAGAAUCAAGCAGGCCAGUCUCCCGCGCUCGACAGCAUACGCCCUUCUAGCGCGGUACCCGACUCGAGGCCGGGCGCACCAUCACGGCCCUUGGAUGGUUCAGUAGCUCCACCGGGAGUUUCUCGUCCCGCAAGUGGAAGCCCAUACACCAAUGGGCACAUGGCGAUGCCUCAUGCCUCUGCUCACCAGCCCAACGGCUUUGACAACAAGCACCGUCAGCCUGGAUUUGAUAUUGCGGACGCGCUUCUUCCCAACAUUGCCAUCCACAGCCACCCGGCUCUGAAGCUCAGCCGACCGUUCAAGUUCAACAUUCCAGCGUCCAAAACACUCUCGCAACAAUCCAUCACAAUGUCCCUUCCGUGCUCGCAUUCGUCAAUCCAGAUCAAGCCGGUUGUGCCGGUGGCGCAAACGCAACGGCCGUGGCGACUAUUCGUCAACGUCAACAACACGCGCAUUUCAGAAGUGUACCAGCCACCAACACAACAGCAGCAGCCCAACUCUAGCGGGUCGCCUGAAAAGCAGCAGCAACAACCACGCGAGAAAGGCCAUCCGAUCUUUGAAGCCAGGCUGCAGCCGGGGGUCAACCGGAUUGACGUGGAAGUGGUUGCGGGAACUACACCGAUGCAGGUGCGUGGACAGCCGGUGCCAAAAGAGCGGGAUGCGGUUGAGAUGGAGAAGUGCACGGUCUUUGUCAACUUGAUGAGGGCAUAA